AAAAAAAAAAAAAAAAAAAAAAAAAAAGAUGAGGUCACGAGGAUGAUUGAACGUGACUCAGAUUGCAGUAAAAACUAUAAGAAAAGAAGAAGAAGUAUUAGAUGAUAUAAAUGAUCAAGAAGAAGAGGAACUAUCGCUGGUCAAAUCACAAGAUACACAGAUAGCUACUUAAUAUGGCCAAGUCAAGGUUUGAAUAUGUACGAGAGUUUGAACGAGAGAAUCAUCUCCUUCAAGAAACAUACAUUGUCAUCCGUAUUGAUGGAAAAGGAUUUCAUAAAUUCAGUCAAAUAUAUGAAUUUGAUAAACCAAAUGAUAUAACUGCUAUUGAAGUAUUGAAUUCAGCAGCUUUAGAGAUAUUCAAACAAAUACCCGAUGUCGUGUUUGCUUAUGGUCAAUCUGAUGAAUAUUCAUUUUUAUUAAAGAAGAAUUGUAAAUUAUAUGAAAGACGAGAGAUGAAAUUAAUCACUCUAUUUUCAAGUUUAAUAACUUCAGCAUAUAUGUAUCAUUGGAACUUAACUCAUCCAACCAAUCCUAUCAGUAUUGAAAAGAAAUUACCGGUAUUCGAUGCUAGAGCUGUGAUUUAUCCUAAUUUCGAUGUGGUUAAGGAUUAUUUCCGUUGGAGACAAGCUGAUUGUCAUAUAAAUAAUCUUUAUAAUACUACGUUUUGGGCAUUAGUAUUAAAGGGAGAAGGGAUGACUACUAAGGAUGCUGAAACUUAUCUUAAUGGGACUUUCUCAAAAGAUAAGAAUGAGAUAUUGUUUCUGAAAUUUGGCAUCAAUUAUAAUAAUGAACCAGAGAUAUAUAAGAAAGGUACGAUUAUAAUUCGAGAAUUAAAUGAAACUAUAAUGAAGAAAGAUAUCCAACAUCAACAACCUGGUGAAGAAGGAGAAGUUUCCAAUCGUCAAUUACAAAGAUUGGAAAAAAUUGUUAAGAAAGCGGAGAUAAAAACUUAUCACCAAGAUUUAAUAACUGAUGAAGAAUUUUGGUCUUCAAGACCAUGGUUAAGCAUGUAAAUAAACAACUAUUACAAAGUAAAUAAAUAAGU